AUGACGAAUCAAUAUGUUCAACUAGGAAGCAGCGGUCUUCGCAUCGCCCCUAUUGGUGUGGGAUGCAUGGGUUUUGGAAACCCCGAGGGUCGCUUCAAAUGGUCAAUCCCGGAAGAAGAAGCCCUGCCAGUGCUCGAUCAUUGCUACAAAUCCGGUCUGAACUUCUUCGACACCGCAAACACCUAUUCUAAUGGCAUGUCUAAAGAGAUCCUUGGCAAGGCGAUCAAGAAGUAUGAGUGGAAUCGAGAAAGCAUCGUCAUUGCAACCAAGCUAUGGGCACCAGUUGGUCGUGGCUCUGAUCAGCCAUUGGCCAUGACAGAGGAGGAGAAGGACGAUUCCGGCUAUGUGAAUCAGUAUGGAUUGAGUCGGAAACAUGUCUUCGACAGCAUCGAUGCCAGUCUGAAGAGACUCGACCUUGACUGA